CGGAGAGGGAUGCGGCCUCGAAGAUGUAGAGGCUGAACCGCCCCUGCCCGCCGCGCAUCGCUCCCGCCUCCUCCGCGGCGCCCGCCUCGCCUGAUUCGCGGCGGGAGAGGCAGGAGGGAGAACGCCGACUCCGCGGCAGGCACAGUCGAGGCUGAGGAUCGUUGAAUGAAUGAACGCACUAAGAGCGCUGGAGUGGCUCCUGGCGGCACCCUGUAGCCCUUUAAUUUUGGUUAGCGUUUGUGAAAAGCUCGUGUGCCCAUCUGAUGGGCACAGUCCCCGUCUAAUCGCCCCCACCCCCAAUCCUAGGAGGUAAGUAGCUCCGCUUUCCAGGGAGGAAACCCGAGCCACACCGCUAGUAAAGAGCCAGGAUCGGACCCCAGCAUAUUUUGAGCCGAAUUUAAGGUAGCAAUGACUGUCUGAUGUCUAGCAACCAGCCCUGUGGGAAUUUCUGGGAACUGUGCAAACACUGUCCUGAGAAGAGCGCCCUGAUGCAUCUUAAAAGCUUACAGGAUGAAGUAAAGAAUUUAAGACUGAAUUAUUCCCUUUGAUUAAAACAGAAGCAGGCGAUUUCUAAUGUUGUCAUCUAUUAGUUUAAGGAAAGUAAAUAAACUUAAUUGAGAAUGUCUGAAAACCUUGACAAGUCUCAUAUAAAUGAAGCAGGAAAAUCAAAAUCAAAUGAAUCUGAGAAAAGCCUGGGAGAUGUUGUGGAAUGUUCUGAUGAAGCUUUACAGAAAAAAAUAAAGUCGGAUGCUUCUAACCCCCAAAGAGUACAAAGACCUCACUCUAGUCCUCCUCAAUUUGUGACGGUAGAAGAACUCCUAGAGACAGCGAAAGGAGUCACCAACAUGGCUCUAGCCCAUGAAAUUGCAGUAAACAGAGACUUUCAGAUUAAACCAGUUGAAUUACCGGAAGGCAGCUUGGAGAAGAAAGUAAAGGAGAUUGUACAUAAAGCUUUUUGGGAUUGCUUGAGUUGCCAGUUGAGUGAAGACCCCCCGACAUAUGACCAUGCCAUCAAACUAGUAGGAGAGAUCAAAGAGACACUCUUGUCUUUCUUGCUGCCUGGUCACACUAGAUUGAGAAACCAAAUAAUAGAAGUCUUGGAUUUGGAUCUGAUAAAACAGGAAGCAGAGAAUGGGGCCCUAGACAUUUCUAAGCUGGCAGAAUUCAUUAUUGGCAUGAUGGGAACGCUGUGUGCACCUGUUCGAGAUGAAGAAGUUGAGAAACUAAAAGACAUUAAAGAAAUAGUGCCCCUUUUCAGGGCAAUUUUUUCUGUGUUAGAUCUAAUGAAAGUAGACAUGGCGAAUUUUGCUGUCACAAGCAUUCGGCCACAUCUCAUGCAGCAGUCGGUUGAGUAUGAGAGGAAGAAAUUUCAAGAGCUUUUGGAGAAACAGCCGAAUUCCCUGGACUUUGUCACCCAGUGGUUAGAAGAAGCCUCAGAUGAACUUAUGGCUCAGAAGUACAAACAUGCCCUGCCAGCUGGGGGAGGGGCUGCUGGCUCUGGGGACGCUCCCAUGCUGAGCCCUGUCGCCAUCCAGAAUUAUGCAUACUUGAAGCUUCUGAAAUGGGACCACCUCCAUAGACCUUUCCCUGAAACGGUUUUGAUGGACCAUCCACGCUUCCAGGAGCUCCAGCUCCAGCUAGAGCAGCUGACCAUCCUGGGAGCUGUGCUGCUAGUCACGUUCAACAUGGCAGCCCGUGGAAUUUCUAGCCAGGCCAACGCUGCUGAGAAACUCAAGAUGAUUGUGAAGAUUCUGCUAACUGAUAUGCAUCUGCCUUCCUUCCAUUUGGAGGAUGCCCUGACUACGAUUGGGGAGAAAGUGUGCCUGGAGGUGAGCAGCUGCCUCUCACUGUGUGGGUCCUCCCCCUUUUCCACGGACAAAGAGACCGCGCUCAAAGGCCAGAUCCUGGCUGUGGCCAGUCCUGAUGACCCUAUUCGCAGAAUCAUGGAAUCCCGAAUCCUGACCUUCUUGGAAACCUACCUUGCCUCGGGUCAUCAGAAGCCAUUGCCCUCAGUUCCUGGGGGACUGGGUCCAGUCCAGAAAGAGCUGGAGGAAAUUGCUGUUAAAUUCAUUCGUCUGGUCAACUAUAACAAGAUGGUGUUUUGCCCCUACUAUGAUGUGAUCCUCAGUAAGAUCCUCCACAGAUCCUAACACGUGCACGCCCUACAGCAGCAGUAUUAGCACUUGCCUCCGAACACCUGUUCUCAACUGUACCGUUGCUUUGGAAAAUGGCUAUGUAGUACAUUUAACAGCACUGACUCCAAA